ACGUUUUCGAGUGAAGGAAAUAAAAUAAACUUUCUUACGUAGUUAGCUACAUAUAAAUAUUAACUGAUAAUGGCUCAGCGAAAAGAAACUUCACUAUAACUGCUCGAAAAUUGAGAAUUUGAGCCGCCCGCCAAUUCCACCAUCUUUGUUGUGCUGGCACGUUGACAAGGAACAAUGUGUUUACGUUGCUAAGAGCUGUUGUUUUAUUCUUAGUUACGUGUGAAAAUACAUCUGUGAUUUAAUUCAUGCUUGAUUUAAGGAUUCAUGGUGUUGAGUGAUAUACAAUACGAAUGUUCAUUCGUUCAAAAACAUGGCUACGUGCUCGAAAUACGUCGUGCAGACGUUGGAAAAUAUAAAGCUUUUUAGACCAGCGAGUGGCGCCCUUUGCCGACAGCAACUGAAAACAAACUUCAACAACAAAACGUUCGCGAGGAAGAACAACUCAAAUAUUGACAAACAAAUAAACCACAUAUGGAAAGAGAAAACGUCGGUGAAUAAUCGAUUAUACAAUAAGUCUAAAUUCAGGCUCAGCCGGUGGUCUAUAGCCGAGGAAACCUGGGUCUUAGAUGUCGGUCUAACGAAUUAUAAAGAUCUUUGCGGUACGAAUCAUGCGCCCAAUCGCAAGUCAAUCGAAGAGAGAGGAUUGGAGGACUUUGGCGAUUCGCAGGCGUAUUUGUCUAUGGCCAUUGGCGUCGGCAUUCUGCUCAUGACAUGCGAUGACUGCCUGGUUGUUACCCGCCGGGCAGCGUGGACGGGCGAAUACCCGGGCAUGCUGGACAGACCGGGAGGGCACCCGGAACCUGACCUGGUCCUGACACCCGAGGGAAAACUCAAACCAGACUUACAAGGUCACCUUGGCGUAAAUGACGCCGUUAUGGACGAGAUCUGGAACUCCGUAAUACAGGAGGUCGAGGACGAACUCGGAAUAGAUAAAGGAAAGCUAGAGGAAGUGAGAUUCAUCGGUUUAACAGCCAACAUCAGCCAUGGCGGUAGACCAUCUCUCGAAUUCUUUGCCAGGCUGAACAUGAAGUCAGAGGAAGUUCGAGAAGUUUACAGCCUCGGAGAGCAGAGAGAAGCUGACGAGACCACUUCGCUUCUUCUCAUCCCAACGGCCAUUUCGAAGUUUUUACCGAAAUUGCUUCUGCACCCAGAAGACAGCAGCGACCAUCCAUCCUCCGAGGAUGGUCCGCCGAAGGAAAAAGAGGAGGCGGGAGCAGCAGCGCUAAGCGACCUUCAACCUCAACCUUUAGAAAGCCUCUCCGAAGCCAGAGCCGUUAUUACGGAAGCGACGCCUGCUCUGAAAGCUAGUCUCAUCUUUGCUAAGGCACACCGUUUGAUAUGAUUGACUGAUCGAUCUGACUGAUUGUGAAUGACAUGGCAUCGCACUUGUUAAAGCCAUUGGAGCUAAUGAUGAGUUGGUAUUGUUCAUAUAUAAAAAAUGAAAUGGUUAAAAAAACAUUGCAUUCAGCACAGUCGACCGGGUUCUGUGAUUGUUAAGACAGAACAAUUGUUUAGAUAAAA